GUUUAUCCACGUCGUGAUAUGUUACCUGACUUCCUUUUUCGAAUUUCGCUAGCAGUAGCAGGAGCGAGUAAUUGAAGGAGUUAACACAGACGAGUACCCGUAUGUCCCGAUUCAGUUCAGGGCUUUAAACACAUCCUUACUAGUGCAUGUACGAACUCUUUUUUCGGGGGGGCGUGUGUGUAGUUCUCGCACUGUGAACCAACCAGCCUGUCGAGCGUCUGUCUUACACACACACACACACACACAGCCUCAGGCGGCUGACGGUUGCUUCACUUUCCACAUUAACUGAACCACACACACACACACAAGGAGCUCCAGCGGCUGGGAUCCGGAAGCUAGCACAGACCGCUGUAUUGCUUCGCUCUUGCCGGUGUAGAGGUCGACUUUUCCGGGUUCCCUUUGGUCCUGAACUCGACAUCUCCCCACUGGUGGAGGGAAGAUAGCGUGUUCAUCUUUAUGACGAUGGCGUCAAGUGAGUCGCGGCUCCAACAGCCACCAUCCCAGAAGGAUGCGGCUGACCAGAACUUUGACUACAUGUUCAAGCUGCUCAUCAUUGGCAACAGCAGCGUGGGCAAAACCUCCUUCUUGUUCCGAUACGCGGACGACUCCUUCACUUCGGCUUUUGUCAGCACCGUGGGCAUUGACUUCAAGGUCAAGACCGUCUUCCGUAAUGACAAAAGGAUCAAACUGCAGAUCUGGGACACAGCAGGACAAGAGCGCUAUCGGACGAUCACCACGGCCUACUACAGAGGCGCCAUGGGAUUCCUGCUCAUGUAUGACAUCACUAACCAGGAUUCCUUCAGCGCCGUUCAAGACUGGGCGACGCAGAUUAAAACAUACUCAUGGGACAACGCUCAGGUGAUCCUAAUCGGUAAUAAGUGUGACCUUGAAGAUGACAGGCUCAUUCCCAGAGAAGACGGCCAGCGUUUGGCAGAGGAACUUGGUUUCCAGUUCUUCGAGGCCAGCGCAAAGGACAACAUCAACGUCAAGCAGGUGUUCGAGCGACUCGUGGACGUCAUCUGCGACAAAAUGAACGAGAGCAUUGAGGGAGACAUAAGCUUAGUGUCCAACCACAAGAACCAAAGCCUGAAAGACUCGUCUUCCGUUAACAAUGGAGGCUGUGCUUGCUAAACCUCACACACACUAAAUGCCGGUAAUCAACUUCUCUGUGCCUCCAACUGCGGGAAUGGCUGCUCCUUUUCCUUUUCUGUUCACUGCAGCCACACCCAGCACUACGGCUGAGAUAAUCAUCAUCACUGUUAGAGACCCCAGCUCCUCCCCGUACAAGGCCCUUCCUCUUCUUUUCUUCUGAAGACUCAACCCAUGUGCUCUGUGUUGGGCUGACAGUCCAAUAAUACAACGAAAAAUUCUCUGAAAAAAUUCUGCCAUUAUGAAAAAAAUGCAUUUUGAUUGAUAUUGUCAGAGAGGUAUUCAGUUAGCAUCAUAUAUAGGAUAGGAUGUAUAAUUGUACUUUGAUAUGUACCGCUUUAUAAUGACAGUACUGGAAUGUCAAAUAUUUAUCCAAGGAUUAAACAUAAAGAGAACUGUA